AUGUUCGUGGUUCGUGGUAGCAGUGCCUUUGGGCUUUGCAGGUACUCUGGUAAUGCUCGAUGGUCUGCAUACCGGGGCUAUGCAACUCGCUCGUUUGAUCCGCUUCGGAUCCUCUUUUGCGGCUCCGAUGAAUUUAGUAUUGCCUCCUUGAAAGCACUCCAUGACUAUCGUUUGAAACAUCCCGACCAUAUCUCCUCUAUAGAUGUGGUCUGUCGGCCAGGAAAACGAGUUGGAAGGGGUUUAAAGAAGAUACGUGAGAUGCCAAUCAAGGAGGCUGCAUCUGCCCUAUCACUUCCUGUUCAUGAAAUUGACACCUUCAGAGGAUGGACUCCUCCUGAUACUCCCAAUGGCCCUAUCAACCUGAUUAUCGCUGUAUCUUUUGGGCUAUUCGUGCCUCCGCGGAUAUUGAAUGCUGCCAAAUACGGAGGCUUGAAUGUGCAUCCCUCGCUGCUUCCAGACUUCCGCGGGCCGGCGCCUUUGCACCACACUCUUUUGGCCGGAAGAACCAAGACUGGUGUGACCCUGCAGACGUUGCAUCACGAGAGCUUCGACCAUGGAACGAUUAUUGCUCAAUCUCCAGCCCCUGGCUUCGAUAUUCCUAACCCGGAAUCUUGUACUGUGCCCGAGUUGACCAGCCUGGUUUCAGUCAAAAGUGCGCAGCUCCUGUUUGACGGCAUCCAAAAUGGACUAUUCGUGCCCCCAGUACAAAAUGCAGGAUGGCUAUCUGAAAAAGACGAGAACCUCAUUCAUGCCGCCAAGAUCAAGCCUGAAGAUCGUCACGUUGACUGGGCAAAUUGGGAUCUAGUCGACUUCAACCGACGCAACCGGGUGCUUGGCAACCUAUGGAACAAGGCACUCGUGGCAAGCAAACCAGCUGAUGGAGCCAUGUCAUUCCAACAAAAGCGAGUCAUCCUUACAGAUGUCGAAGAAGUAGAUCCUCCCAAGGGAUCCGAGACUUUCGCAAUUGUCCCUGGUUUGCCUUUCACGAAUGCCCCUUACCCGGUUGAACCGAAGAAGAACAGGGCGCUUUACGUGUUCACUAAGGACGGCAAGGCUCUGCGCAUUAACCACUUGAAGGUAGAGGGAGAGCCCGUGGCCGAGGGACUACGUGCAGCAAUCAAGGCGCGCAUGUUUGGUGAUCGGUCAUUCCUGUCUGGCGGCGCUGAGUUUACUCCUUUCCGCAACCCUCUUGCAUGA